AUGCAGACCAGACUAGAGAGAGAGCAGAAGGAAUGGAGAGGUCCAUUCUGCUUCAUCUUUGCAGACCUCCAGCUGGGUCUGAUGAAGGCCUAGCGGGAGGGGGACUGUGGAGGAGGGGACGCGUGGGCCGAAGAGGUCCAACUGACCCAGCAGGCUGUGGAGGCCGUCAACAAGCUGUGCCCCAGGCCCAAGUUCAUGGUGCUGUGUGGGGACAUGGUCCAUGCCAGGCCUGGAGUGAAAGCGGUAUUCUCAGGCCACUACCAACGGAACGCGGGGGGCCUGGACAUGCUGGUGAGCUCCGCUAUAGGCUGCAGGGUGGUGGUAGUGACCGCCGACCAGAUCGUCCAUCGCUACCACAGCCUGGAGCAGCUCAGUGGGCGGGGCAUGGACAAGGACCUCAGGAAACCACUGCAGGUCUGA